AUGGACAUUGAAGAGCGAGAUCCAGAAAUAACCUAUCUCAACCUGCAUUCGGAGGCUACACAAGAUGAUAUAUCGUCUUCCGAUAGCUCCAUAAAAUCACUCCCACAUGGACAGGCGCACGUCGGAAAAGAGCCUCUACCGGGUCAACGCUUGGAAAAAAAUAAGCUUCUUACAGUGGAACAUGCUCAGAAUGAUGUCGCAGUAUCAGAGCUUAAGAAACCCGUUCACAUACCGGGAUGCUUUCCUCAAUUUAGUGCCACAUCUUUGAGCUCAUGGGAUGAUAUCUCUUCAGCAAACAAGACUCGCAUGAGAAAUUAUAAAGUGAAAAAUGGUACUAAGGAUUUGCUCAACAGUGUAGCUAAUGCUCCACUGCUAGGACGCCCCAAGCGAAGCAAAGAGACUCAUUUAACGAUGAAGUUAAAGCUUGACCCUGCACCAGCGAUGCAACCAUCUGCUAAAAAAAGAAAUGAAACAAAGUCCUUAAAUCAAGUUGAAAUAUCACGGAUACAACCAUCGCUGACUCAUGAGCAUAAAAAAGCUGAAGAGAGGAAACGACCAGUUUUUAUACAGAAAACACUAUACGAAACGGAAAAUGACAAAAAAGCGAGCAGUGAAGAAGAGGCCGAGCAAACUGCAGAGUGGCCAUCUCCAAAAGUUCCGUUGGCAUUCGCGAUAAUGGCCGGAGAAGUUUCGGUGGAACUUCCAGAUCCCGAUGAAAAUAAUAAUGUAAAAGCAGUACUCACAGAUUCAGAGUCAGAUUCGGAUUCGGAUUCGGACUCUGACUGAUCUACAGAUAACAAUGAUAUAAGAUUAGUGAAGCAGCAACUAAUGUUAAAUUUGAAUAAUGCAUGCAAGAAUAUUGCGACCUGAGUUACAAUUAAUAUUAAUACGUAUGAACAUCACGUGUUAUCCAUAAUAAAC